GGCCUCAGGAAUGCACCGUUUAUACUGUUACAUUAUCUAUCACUACAGAGUAAAUCAUUUUCGAAAAAAAUCUGACAGCUUUUGCACUUCAUACAGUUUAACUAGACUAAUUUAAUUUAUUUUUAACAUAGCAAAACAUGUGCAGAUGUUACCAUGGUUACAAGGGUAUCCAAACACAGCAAAUUUCUUGAAGCAAUGCACUUUCAUUCAUUAACAUUGCCUGAAAUAAAUGACACACAUCUGUAACGUCAGAGAAACUCUCUACAAACUGUGAACAUGCACAAAGUGGAUUUGCCUGUGGACCAGUCUGUAGAAAAGGCUGUGGAGAGGAGAAGAGCUGCAGAAACAGCACGCAAGGGCCGCAUCUUCAACACCAGGCUACGCGUGUUGGGCAUCGACGUGGACGCUCUGAACCAGCAAGUCCAGGAGAAAAGACAUCAGCAAGACACAGAGAAACAACGAGACAAAGCUUUCGAUAAGCUGAGAAAAUAUCAAGAUGAAGCACUGCUGCAGCAAGACAUUGAUGAAAAAGAGAAGCGAGAGGCUUUGCAUAUUGAUCUGGCCCAGUAUUGGGCCACUCAUCAGCGAGCAGAGGACUCUCGUGAUGCUGAUCUAAAGUGUGGCCUGGAGGGGGCGUUCAAGAGCACCAUUCCAGAGAGCGAGCUGGGGCCUGCCAGUAUGCAAAUAUUUCAGGGAGAGGAUAUCGGAGAGGAGCAAAGGAAGAGAAAACAAAUGAAAAUGACAGAAAGAGAUCUGCAAGUGCAGAUGGAUGACAAUGAAAGAAGGCACAUGGCAGCCAAGCACAGAGAGAUGCUCCUGAGCAGAGAGCUGGUGCAUCAAGACCUAAGGGGCGUUCAACAAGCUGCACUAGAGGAGGAGUGUAAGAAAGCUGCCUGCAUCGCGCUCGACAGCUACAAUCAGGCUCUGGCUGCAGAGCGAGCAGAGAAAUUAAAGGAGAAACACAGGAUAGAGGAAAGGGAGAAUCUCGCUGAGAUGUGGCACACAAUGACAUCUGACAUGAUGACAGAGUGUGCAGAGGCGGCAGAGAAGGAGGUGGGAGGAGGGAAGGCACCACAGGUUCUGCCAGACAGGUGGAAGGGGAUGAGUCCUGAGCAGCUGAAAACCAUCUACAGGGAGAGAGAAGAGCAGCGCCUUGAGAGACAGAGACAACGUGAUGCUGAAAAGCUUCAGGAGGCAGCUUGGGGCCUCCAGCAGCUGAAGCUGUCCAGAGAAGCAGAGGAGGAGGAGAGGAGGGCAGCCGAGCUGAGGAGAGAGCAGAGGAUUCAGAUGGACGAGUACAACAAGCAGCUGGCCAGAGAGCAGCAGGCACAUCAGGAGUACUUGAACAAGAAGCUGUACACCAACAAACCUACCAAGGACUACUUUUAUCAAUUCAACACCAGCUCCCGAUGACCACCACACCCGCUUUCCCUCCUGUGUCAGUGUGCUAAUAAAAUCAAUUGAUUGUUGCAUUCAUAAUUAAUGUGGAAUGAAUAAAUGGUUAGUCAAUACUUCAUGUUUAUUCAGUGAAAUAUAUAGCAUUGGCUGCAAUACUGACAAUAAAGGGACCCUUUUUUGUUA